CCUAACAAUUACGCCAAUGAGCGGCAACGCUUCUUGCAUUUCUUCCGUCUUGACAAUCGUAGAACGCAACGAAUAUUGCCCUACGGUUGUCUUCUCAUUGAGAAAAUCAUUCGUGAUUCACUGUUAUUUGAUCAGUAUCAGUUAAUAAACUUUUUAAAUAGUGUUAAAAAAUAAAGAUAACAUUUCUUUCUUUCUCGAAUCCUUCAUUUCAUCCGAAUUCCCAACGCGUUUCCUGUCGUUUGAUCACUUCCGGAACUACUCUGCACUCAAAUGGUUCGAUCGACGACGUGGAGCGUACGAAAAUCGUUCAGCGGUAAAAAGCAAGCGAGCCGAGACAAUCGAGACAAAAUUGACGAAUAUAUAUGCACAAUGGAGAAUGCUGCUGCUUCAAUUUUAAAACGAGCAGUUGAGAAGGACAAUAGUAAACAGUACACAAUGGCUUUGGUAUUGUAUCAAGAAGGUGUGCAAAUACUACUGGAUUCUAUGAAAGAGACAAGGGAUUCGGCUAGGCAGAAACAUUUUGCUACCAAGGCAUCAGAGUAUCUAGACAGAGCAGAAAAAAUAAAGAGUUUAAUUGAAAAAGAGAAGGCUGCUGGAACUUACAGGGAAUUAAUUAAAAUUGAAAAUGGUAGUAUAGGACAUGGUUAUGGAACUGUCUUUGGUAGAUUUUUAGAUGCGACAGUUACAUAUAUUCAUAUUGAAGACCCAUACAUAAGAGCAUUUCAUCAGUGCCAGAAUUUGGUAAGAUUAUGUGAAUUGGCAGUCAAGAAAUGCCAUGCAUUAUCCAAAAUAUCUUUGGUUACAACUGUGGAUGUAGAUGAUAGAAAGAAUCAAAAAGCUAGAUUAGAAGAGUUGAAACAAAGUUUAAUGUCACAUCUUAUUUCCUUUGAAUUUCAAUUUUCGGAUACUUUACACGACCGACAGAUAUUAUUCAGUAAUGGUUGGAUAGUCAAAAUAGGUCGUGGAUUGGACUAUUUUAAAGCACCUGAUGGAAAGUUUGUGCUGGGUGCUUGUGAUCUUGAAUUAAGACCAUGCUUAGAAACAAUUAUAGACAUAUUUCAUAAACAACAUUUAAAAACUGAUAUCACAUAAUGAAUUAUAAUAAAUUAGACCUCAUUCUUUCCACGCGCGAGACUAUUAUAUCGAUUAAAAUAUAUGUAUAGAAUUUGAGAACAUCUGGUUCACAUUUUUAUUGUAAGUAUCUAUACAACACAUUUCCACAGUCGAAGGGAAUGUAAUUUUAUCAUUAUUUUUAAGUAUAGUUUUAACAUAUACUUCAAUUUAUAUUUGGUGCAUAAUAUCAUGCACAUGGAAUAAAAUCGAAUAUUUUAACGAAGAUAUUUG